AUGGAAAUUAAUGUGGAGAAAGACAAACAAACAGGAGAGACCAAGAUUCUCUCUGCAUCUGCCAUUGGCCCAGAGGGGGUGCAUCAGAGAGGAGUCAAAGUCUAUGACGAUGGUACCAAAGUAGUAUAUGAGGUGCACUCAGGAGGCACCAUAGUAGAAAACGGAGUGCACAAAUUAAGCGCAAAGGAUGUUGAAGAGCUUAUUCAGAAAGCUGGACAAUCAAGCUUAAGAGGAGGGUACAUGUCAGAAAGGACUGUUAUUGCAGAUGGGAACCUCGGCCAUCCCAAGGAACACAUGCUCUGCAAAGAAGCCAAGUUAGAAAUGGUGCAUAAGUCUAGGAAAGAUCACGCUUCUGCAAACCCAGGGCAACAGGCUCAAGCUCCCAGCACAGAAGGGCCAGAGGCCAUCUUGGAUCAGCCAGUCACCAUGAUUUUUAUGGGCUACCAAAACAUCGAGGAUGAAGAGGAGACUAAAAAGGUACUGGGCUACGAUGAAACCAUCAAGGCAGAAUUAGUUCUCAUUGAUGAAGAUGAUGAGAAGUCAUUAAGAGAGAAGACAGUGACAGAUGUGUCCACUAUUGAUGGGAAUGCAGCUGAGCUGGUAUCCGGAAGGCCGGUCUCAGACACCACUGAACCCUCAUCCCCAGAAGGGAAAGAAGAGAGCCUGGCCACAGAGCCAGCCCCAGCUGUGUACGCCAUGGAAAUUAAUGUGGAGAAAGACAAACAAACAGGAGAGACCAAGAUUCUCUCUGCAUCUGCCAUUGGCCCAGAGGGGGUGCAUCAGAGAGGAGUCAAAGUCUAUGACGAUGGUACCAAAGUAGUAUAUGAGGUGCACUCAGGAGGCACCAUAGUAGAAAACGGAGUGCACAAAUUAAGCGCAAAGGAUGUUGAAGAGCUUAUUCAGAAAGCUGGACAAUCAAGCUUAAGAGGAGGGUACAUGUCAGAAAGGACUGUUAUUGCAGAUGGGAACCUCGGCCAUCCCAAGGAACACAUGCUCUGCAAAGAAGCCAAGUUAGAAAUGGUGCAUAAGUCUAGGAAAGAUCACGCUUCUGCAAACCCAGGGCAACAGGCUCAAGCUCCCAGCACAGAAGGGCCAGAGGCCAUCUUGGAUCAGCCAGUCACCAUGAUUUUUAUGGGCUACCAAAACAUCGAGGAUGAAGAGGAGACUAAAAAGGUACUGGGCUACGAUGAAACCAUCAAGGCAGAAUUAGUUCUCAUUGAUGAAGAUGAUGAGAAGUCAUUAAGAGAGAAGACAGUGACAGAUGUGUCCACUAUUGAUGGGAAUGCAGCUGAGCUGGUAUCCGGAAGGCCGGUCUCAGACACCACUGAACCCUCAUCCCCAGAAGGGAAAGAAGAGAGCCUGGCCACAGAGCCAGCCCCAGGUACCCAAAAGAAAAAGCGCUGUCAAUGCUGUGUUGUCAUGUGACCACUUCUUUUCUCCCUUUUCUUCCGGGCAGCCUCUCUACCCUCCACCACUUCCAUAGACCUCACUGCACCACUAACUGCAAUACUGUGAACUGGGAGCGAACACCUGCCUUGCCUUGCAGUUGGAUUGCUUUGAUCUCUCUUUUUAUUUUUUUCCUUUUCCUCACCUCAGAAACAACGUGCAUGUGUGUGGUUCAUUUUUUUCCCCAAGAACUUGCUUUUCCUCUAAACCUUUUCUUAUGUCUUCAAGAGUGAAUCAGUACCUACUGCUCGAUUGGAAUGGACUGUUCAUAUCAGCCUGUUAAUCUUGUAGCCUUAAUUUACUUGACUGGAAUCCAACCCAUUGGCACUGGGGCUUUCAUUUUGUUGUGUAUUCCUCCAAGAUAGUCACACACAAACACACACAUACACACACUGCCACAUCCCCAACUUCUCAUUUGCCUCACUUGCUGUGGAUCUUAGUUUUUAUAACUUGUUUUUAUAUCAGCUGUGGGCUGUAGCUGGUUUCUAGUGUAGCCAACAGUGGACAUACUUAAUCUGUCAUUCUAGGGAGAUGCUUUUUUCUGCCUUAUAUGAGCUUCCAGAUUACAGUAUUGAGCAUCGCUAGCUUUUCCUUCUGUUAAACCUGAAAUGAAGUUGAUGUGAAUCAAAAAGAAUCCAGUGUUGGGCACAGCAGAAGUGUAGGAACCUGCUCAGCGGCAGCUGUCUCUCUUUCUAUGUCUUAACUUCUCUAUACAAGAAGCUCCAUCUU